UUACGCUGACCAUUAGAGUUGCAGAUAUUUUAGAGAAAAGUAUAUAAAGAGAAAGAGAGUUGGAAUAGUAGAAAAAAAAAUUAGAAAUGGUCGUGAAACAUUCGAUUUGUGUAAUUUUAUUUAUCGUAAUAUUAUAUCCUCCCUCACUCUUCCAAAAAGAGGAGGAGGAGACGAGGAUGGUGGUGGAGAGAGGAUUCAAGCUGAUUUUGGGAUCUCAGUCGAUGGCGAGAAAAAAGAUAUUGGGUGAAAUGGGAUAUGAUUUCACUAUAGUGACUGCAGACAUUGACGAGAAAGCUAUCAGGAGAGACAAUCCUCAAGACUUGGUUGUCGCUCUUGCUCAAGCCAAGGCAGAUGAGAUAAUAUCCAAAUUGGGAGGUCAAAGCCAGUUUGCACAAGAUCCUCUACCAACCUUAUUGAUUACUGCUGACACUGUAGUUGUCUAUAAAGGUGUUAUCCGAGAAAAACCAACCUCCAAAGAAGAAGCUCGCCAAUUUAUCAAGGGCUAUUCCGGGUCACACGGAGGCGUUGUUGGAUCUGUUAUUAUAAGCAACUUGAAAACUGGUGUUCAAAGAGCUGGAUGGGACAAAGCUGAGGUUUAUUUCCGUGAGAUACCAGCAAAAGUCAUUGACGAUCUUAUUGAUGAUUCCAUAACUUUCAAGGUUGCUGGAGGUUUAACCCUUGAGCAUCCCCUCAUUUCUCCCUUUAUUGAUACCGUGGUUCGCCCUCCUAUCUCCAUAAUAAUAAAAAAAAUUCCAUGUUUUCUGUUAUGUUUUAUUUCCACCAUAUUGGAUACAUGUUCAGAAACAUUAUGGUAAACAUCUCUAAAAUCGUUUUACGUUGUAAUGUUCUAAGGUGGGAGGAGUUGAUACUGUCAUGGGACUUCCUAAAGAACUCACUGAAAAAUUCAUCACCGAUGUGUUGUAGCUCAAUCUCGAGUCUAAGAGUUUAGGACCCGAUAAAGUAAUUUUAAAUUCUCGGUUCCGGGUCGGUUCGGAUCGUACCGGAUCCGGGUCGGAUCGGGUCUUAGAUAGUUAGACCCAUUCGGGUAACUAGAAUUUAUCGGUUUGGUUUCAGUUUGGUUUCGGGUCGGGUUCGAUUCGGAUUCGAUUUAAAAAAGACCUAAAAAUAUCUGAAAAUAUUUAUAUAUCCAAAAAUAUUCGAAAUUUUA